GAAACCACCGAAAGCGAAGGCCCUUCUUUAAUUAUCGUAGCUGCUUCUGCGAGUCAAGCCACGCACGCAAACACACACAUCCCGCGCAAUGUUUGCAAAGCGCGUCCUUAUCUCGUCCAUGCGCCGGCCCGCGGCGGGAGUGCUUGGAUGCACCACUCUGAUGACACAAACACCGCUGUCCGUGGCGUCUCUCACGGUCUCCUCUUCCCACCUGCACUUCGCACGACGCCACUGCAGCGGCAACGUCAACAAAACGGACAGCGGCAGCAGCACCGGUCCAGACGUCGCCACAUACGCCGCAGCGCCGUCCGCAGCGCCGGCGUCCGCUGUGAAUGUGGAGGCGUUUACACUGAACGACGACGUGGUGCAGCGUGAUUUGGCGAACAUGGCGAAGUGGAACGCGCUGUCGGCCGAGGUGGACGCGGCUCGUGCUGCGGGCAGCUACAAGGUUCUCCUCGAGCACGUCGAGACGGGUCUGCAGAUGCUAGAGGAGAUUGGCGCUGCGAACGCGCCCAUCCAGUGUGAAUGCCUUCUCUGCAUGGAGGCCUCGCAGGCGCACUACAAUCUGCAGCAGUACGACGACGCCCUGCGCUGCGCGGAGCGGGCCCGCAGCUCGCUGCUGCAGGGCGUAAAACCCGAGCUGCAGGACAAGGCGCAGGUGGCAGAGAUUGAGGUGUUCAUUGGCUUUACACUGUGCAAGCAAGGUGAAGGGGCGGAGGCAGAGGAGCUGCUGCAGAAGGUGCUGAAGUGGAUUGACGUGGACGCGAAGUCCGCCAUGCCGAUGCAGGCCGUCGCCGCGGUGAACCUCCGUCGCUCGGUCCUCACCGGCAUUGGUCAGAGCAUCACGCUACAGGGCAGUGCACUGGCCGCGAAGGGCGAGACGGCGGAGGCGAAGGAGCGCUUUGCGAAGGCGCUGGACAUCCUGAUCGAGGGAUUAAACCUGCACAUCGAUGAGAGCGACUUCAAUCUGGUCAAGUCGACGCUGCAGUCGAUCCUAACGUGCUUUGAGGGCAUCGGCGAUGUGGCGCAGGCCGUGACGACGUGCCGCAAGUACGUCAGCUGGUGCCGCAGACACGACGACGCGGCUGGCGUGGCGGAGGGCGAGGCGAUGAUGGCGGACCUCUGCGCCCGGCACAUGGUGGAGAACCCACUCGCACCGGAAACGAAGGAGGGGUAA